UGCAAUCAGCGAUGAAAUCGGGCGUAUCAUUUUCUACAGCGGAUAUGCACUGUCUUUACAGAGACUUCGCGAAUCAGGCAACGAGGCGCAGGGCCAUCCAGCUCUUCACUAAAUCCGCGACGAAGAAACCACCAUGUACAGCGUUUUCACGCAGCAGACUUCAGUUCCAUACAUCGGUGAAAUCGUCGUUCCUGUCGCUGUCGUUGCGGCACCAGUGGCGGUCAAGAUGCCGAGUCCACCGGCACAGGAGUCCAGGGAGUCCUACAGAGCCCACACUACAUCGCUGGAAAGCGUCGUGGUGCGCCAUAACGACCCCAGGCAGCCGACGUCGAGCACUGUGAUGAAAACAAGGCUGCUAACAAGCGUGUCAGAAGAAAGCGUUCCAGAUAUGGGCAUUGGAUCUUCUAAGGUAGUCGCGGCCACCAGUGUCGAGAGAAGGUCCCCGUAUCGAGCCACAGAGCCCAUAGUGAUCCGGUUGUUUCCGGCCACCGGAAAGACCCCGCCCGCCACAACUGCAACUGAAAGCAAGACAACCGAAGGCUAGACUGCCUUCUGUCGAUGUGCCUGCGGGGAACGGCGAGUAAGGCCGACUACUUCCACCGGAACGGACACAGAGGCGGACCAGCAAGCGGAGGUAAAGCGCCAGGACUCGCGGAUCUGCACCUGCGAUGCUGGCCUAGUGGAGAACCAGGCGGCGACUCCGGCUCUAUUUUCGGAGCCAC